UCAAUGUUUGAGCCUUUUCACAGUUUCGCCAGUACUCGAUACAAACUACAGAAAGACACACGUAUUACCUAGAACGUUUGACAACGCUUUUUUCCCCCCAAAAAACAAAAUACACCCCGAAAAGCGAAGGGAACUUUAAGAGCCAAAAAAGUAUACGAUUACAGGAUGUCGGAAGCUGGAGAAAACUCUGAUGAGGAGUACUAUGCAGAGGAGUCAUUCGAGGAGGACUCGCAAUCGGAGGUGGAGGAGCAGGAGGAGGAGGAGGUGGAAGAGGUGGAGGACGAGGAAGAUGAGAACGUUGAACUGGAGAAGCCCAAUCAAAAUGGAGCUCUUCACUUGGAGGAAAGCGACACGCAGAGCGAAAGCGAUGCCGAGGCCGAGUUCAUUCGCGGAAACCCACACGCCCGCCGCCAAAUGGCCGGCCGUUCCUCCGGCGGUUUCAAUCGCGAUCGAAUGGUCUCCUACCCGAGCUCCUCCUCCGAGGACGAGAGCCAAGUGGUCAUUACCAAGACGGUGGCCGAGGUUAAUCAACUCAGUCUGCGACUGGACACGCCUCUGGAGGAUGAUGCGCCUUCGGUGCGCACUCUGAUGCCAGGCAGUGCCCAUUCCCGGACAAAGGAUGAGGUCGUUGAAGAUGACGAGGAUGCUGAAGUCGAAGAAGUCGAGGAAGUCGAAGAGGAGGAGGAAAUCCAAAGCGGCGAUGACGAUGCUCAAAGUGAUGGAACCAUGGAGUCUAACGAUGGUCGCCAAUCCGGCGAAGAAACAGAUGAGGAUGAGGGCACGGAUGUGGAAGUGGAGCAACUGGAGGAGGAUGAGCCCAUAGUCACGGCUGUGUGCAGACAGAAGGUCCAGGAGAAGAUCCCGCUGCCGCUGCAGGAGGACCUUGUCUCCCUGGUGGAUGCCAGUGACAACAGCAGCGAGCACAGUGUGGCCACCAUGUGCAUGGCUGGAGACGAAACAGACGUCACCUUGGAGGAAUCUCCUCGAUUCCAAAACCAGCGACCUGGAACAGAAACAGUGAUAGAAGAGGAGGAACCUGAGGAGGAUGUGCUGGAGGACCAUUUAAAAAAUCUCAGUGAACUUCUAAAUAAUGAGAGUCCCUCGCCAACUCAGCAACCAGAUCUGGCGAGAGUCCGGUACCUGGAGCAACAGAUGACCCAGAUGUCGGAGAUCAUUAUGAAGUCCUUUCAAAUAAAUGGAGGAACACCUAACAGCCAAGCUUUCGAGCAGCUGGCCAUGGCCAGGGAUUUGAUGCAACAGCGCAGUCUCAGGCUAGAGGAAACCGAGUCCGAGAUGGCAUCGAUGACGGAAUCGGCGAUGACCAGUGCCCGCAGCUUGGGUGGAGGAAGACCACCGAUUCGGAUGCGCAUGCAACGCUCCCAAGAGGCUUUAAUCACGACGCGACCUUCCAAGUUGAUCCGCCCCAAGUGCCGGUGUCCUUUGGAAUCGGAACUGAUUGAGCAGGAGCAGGAACUGCAGAUGAGUCAGCAGUUGGGUCAGAAGCUGGGCCAGGGUAUGGAACCGGACAUGGGUCUGGGCAUGGGCAUCGACGAGGACUACCUCGUAGACGAAUGCGGCCAGGGAGAUGGACUCAUGAGGCAUCCACAACAGCGCAGACCUACGGAAUUCAAAAGACGAGCGGCCAGCGGAACUCCCAGCAGCUUCAACAGCGAUGGAUGCGAGUACCCAAUCAAUGUGUCCCGUUCACGAUGCUCCACCGACAAGGUCAACUACAAAAACCUGGGCCGCAAGAGCUUUAGUUUUACGAAUCCCCAAGUACGUGAGAUCGAGCGCCAGAAUCAAAUCCUCCUCCGAAAGAUGAUGACUGUGAAGCCCACGGCCACGAUUAAGGCAAGCACCAGUAGUCUUAAAAUCGGCGGACCUGAGAAGCAGCGUCAGCCACCGCCGGCACCACGGCUCUCCAGUGCUGCCGUCAACCGGAAGAAGUUCCAGCGCCAGAUCGAUCUGGAUAACGAUCUGCUCAAGCGGAAACUGGAGGCCAUCGGCACCCGGCGCCCGCAAUUCAAAUGACCCCUCCACGGGCAGCUCCAACUGUGUUCAUUAUGUGUUUAGAAGUGUUUAAUGCGAAUUUACAAAAUUAAAAUUUAUUGCAAGUUGAGAAAUGUAA